ACAAAGUAGGCACGCCGUGGAGCUCGCCCGUCCCUCGAUGGCAACCGCCGCUUCGUCGAGCAGGGUGGCCGCGGUGGCGGAGCAGGAGGACAAGAACGAGCCGGCGAGGCCCCUGGCCAUCCCUCACCCGCACGCCCACCCGGCCGCCAGCGACGUCGACGAGGCGGCGCAGACGGCGACGGGGUGGCGCUCCACGCAGUACCUCCGGAGGAAGCGCCGGUGCCUGCUCUGCUGCGGCGGCUGCUGCGUGGCCACCGCGGUCAUCGUCGGCAUCCUCAUCCUCGCGCUCUCGCUCACCGUGUUCAAGGUCAAGGACCCGCGCCUCACCAUGAACGGCGUCUCCCUCGCCGCCCUCAGGGCCGGCCCCGGCACGGGGCUCGCCGACCCCGUCGCCGCCAACGCCACGCUCACCGCCGACGUCUCGAUCGAGAACCCCAACAUCGCGUCGUUCCGGUUCUCGCCGAGCGCCACGGAGGUGUACCUCGGCGGGCGGACGGUCAGCGUGGCGUACGUGCCAGGCGGCCGCGUCGGCGCCCACGGGAGCGUGCGCAUGAACGUGACGGUAGACAUCCUCGGCGACCGGCUGUCGGGGGCGGUCAACGCCACCGGCCUGCUGCUCGGCCAGGCGUACGACCUGACGACGUACACGGAGAUGGGCGGCAUGGUGAAGGUGCUGGGGAUCUACAAGAAGGAUCUCGAGAUCAGGAUGAACUGCUCCGUCACCGUGGAGGUAGGGGGCUUCGCCGGCGUGCUCGUGUCAGGGGCCCCGGCCAGCGUGCACAGCAACGGCGUGACCUGCGCCGCACAUGUGAGCUGAUUAGAGGGUGCCUUGUCAAUUAGAUGAUGGUUUUCGUAGAUGUUGCUUCCGUUUUGGUAUAUUUUGCACUAGUACGUCGCGUGUACAUUCUUGUCUUGCUGUAAGUAUGUUCGACCCCCUCAUUCUCAUGGUUGAAAAACGCACAAAAAUUGUUGUCUAUU